CCUUGUGUCAUUUUGAGCAGAGGACGCUCUACUUCCGGCAGUCGUAUUUGUCAACAAAUAUUAUUUAUUGCCUUUAAUGGGAAAUCGAUAGCGUUGACAUUUUUAGUUCAAAGUGUUUCUGAAAAGAUAUUAGAAUUAACAAUGUUGUCAAAUUUAAUGAAAGUUCACCAGGCAAAGCAAAAUGCAAGAAAGGAACGACAAGAGAAAAAGAAAAGGGAAGCGAUAAUUUCUGCAACUGCAUUAACACAUGCCUUAGUGGACAAUCUUAAUGCUGGUGUUGCGAAUGCAUAUGUGAACCAGAAAAAACUGGACACAGAGACCAAGAUUCUUCAGGCAAAUGCUGCCCAGUUUUCCAAGCAAACUGCACAGUGGCUGAAACUGGUGGAGGAUUUCAACACUGCAUUAAAGGAGAUUGGAGAUGUGGAGAACUGGGCCAAGAGUAUUGAGACCGACAUGAGAACCAUCUCAAGUGCGCUUGAGUACACAUACAAGCGAAGUGACGGAUGAUUACAACAGCCUCGGCUAGCCGUAUUUUGCAAAUGUAUAUGUGAUAAUUAAAAUUGUGUAUAUGAUGUUGAUUACCUUUGGCACUUUUGCUACAUGUAUAAGUUGUAUAGUACAUGCCAUUGCUUUUAUUCAGUUUACAUUAAACAAGUUUAGUAAAGCAUAACAAAGUUUUAAAAUGACGAAGUCAUAAAUGUGUUUCCAUAUUUUUGGAAACUAGCACAAAAAAUAGAUGUCAGAGAACUUAUGAGUAAUUAAGAUAUAUGAAAGUUUCAGGGUUUAAUUAAAAAACAACAUUUUAUAUUUGCUGUACUUAUUGUGUAUCUUUUUUCACAGUUUUUUUUCAAGGUUUUUGGUUUACUAUACAAGUCAAUUAUCAGAAAAAGGCAUACAUUUGAUCAUGUAUAUGAAGCUGUGAAAUGUGUUGUAAAAUUACACAUCUGUUUUUGAAAUAAUAUUUUCAUGUAUUUACAUUUAAUUCAUAAGUUAAACUAUGUUUUGUAAAACAGUUAUUUUUAAAUGUUUUUCAUGUAAGUAUAUAUUGUGCAAUAUUUAGAGAUUAACAACAGCUUUGUUACUUCAAGAGUCGGUUCAAGAUGACAAGGUUCCGGUGUAUUCUAUAGUCAGUUCAUGCUAGAUAAGCUCACUCUUGUUAUUAGCGUGUGUACUGAAGUUGUCUGUAUCAUACCAUACAAUUGUUGUUGUGGAAUAUUUCUUUUGAUUGUAAAAAUAUGUUGUUGUUUUUUUCAUUUUCGUAUGUCAUAAAAUCAACUCUUCAUGAUUGUAUAAGUCUGUGUGUGAAACGCAUAGAAAUCAGAUAUCAAUUUAACACUAGAUUUUCUUGAUAAUGAACAAAAUCACAAGUUUAACGCAUAUUGUGUGCUAAAUUAACAUAUAUGUACAUAUAUUUUUUUUAUUUAUUAAAUGAUAAUUGCCUAUAAAUAAAAUUUAAGUAUUUGUUUAA